AUAAAUGUAGUAAAUUAAAGGCAUAAAUUUAUAAACUUAAUGGCAUAAAAAUAUAUCUGCUAUGAAUACUUAAGUUCCGCAGGAAUAAAAAAUGGCUUCUAGUGUUGGGAACAGCGACAAUCCAAUUGUAUUUUUGGAUAUUAGUAUUGGUGGUCAGGAUGUUGGGCGAAUGAAAAUUGAGUUAUUUGCUGAUGUUGUUCCUAAAACAGCUGAAAACUUUCGUCAGUUUUGUACUGGAGAGUACUUAAAAGACAAAGUUCCUAUUGGUUAUAAAGGUGCUACUUUCCACAGAGUAAUAAAAGAUUUUAUGAUUCAAGGUGGAGAUUUUGUUAAGGGUGAUGGAAGUGGUGUUAGUAGCAUAUAUGGUGGAAUAUCAUUUCCGGAUGAAAAUUUUAAACUAAAACAUGAUGCCCCUGGUUUGUUGUCUAUGGCAAACAGUGGUCCAAAUACAAAUGGUUGUCAGUUCUUCAUUACCUGUGCAAAGUGUGACUUUUUAGAUGGCAAACAUGUUGUAUUUGGAAAAGUUAUUGAUGGUUUACUUGUAAUGCGGAAAAUAGAGAAUGUUGCAACUGGUGCGAAUAAUCGACCUAAAUUAUCUGUUGUCAUCACACAGUGCGGAGAAAUGUAGUGUUGGAAAUCGGAAAACUUUGAAAUAAUUUAAAUUCAGAGUACAUUAAAAGUACGUCAAACUUGAUAAAGUAUCGAGUCCAAAAACUGAACUCUUUUGCAGUUAACUUAGAUGUUGAUCUUGAAACGAAGUUUAACUUUUUAGAAGAGUAUUAACUUUUGUUCAACGGAUUACCAUUGACUAAAAUUGUUGUUGCGGCAUCAUUUUUAAUUCAACACUUGGUAAAAAUGACCAUACACUUAUCUAGACCAAUAUUGAUGUAGUGGGUACAAAAAAAAUGAAAGAAAAAAGUGUUCGUUGC